ACCAGGGGGCGCAGUUAAGCUCAGCAGCCAUCUUCAGCACCGUUAACGGUGAUUCUGCCUUUCAUGUUCGGAUUUUUCUCUCUCUCAGGUCUUCUGGCCUUAAUUCUCUAUUUCUCCGUCGGUGCGACGUCAUUCUAACAUUGUAUCUACUUAUCACAGAGCUGAUAAGUAAAAUCAUGCCAUCAUUGCUGUGGUGACGUGACGAAAAAGAACAGGGCCUGAUCAUGAGAGACAAAAAGGAGACACCAUGUGCCGAAAUCUGUCCAAGUAUGCCUUGCUUUUCCUCUUCCUGUCGCUGUCGGGAUUCAUCUUCCUGUUGCGCAACAUCCACACUCUGGAGAGUUGGAACUGCCACGCAAUCUCAGCCUUUUACCAGUUUCAGACCAGGAUCCAUUCGUCGCUUGUGUCGGUGAACCUCCCAACAUACAAUCAGAACCUCACCUUCUGUGCCCAUCUGGGCCAGAAACCAUCUCCUGAGGAUAAACUUGAAGAGCACGACUUGUUGGACUCAAUAAAGUGGCCUGGCCCUCCAGCUCACUUUGCUCCACUCAGCCUACGCCAGACAAGCGACCCUGUUCACAGCCUCGUCACCAUCCUUCCCAAUAAGGAAAGAAGAGAGUGGCGCGUUGGGGACCAGCUAGAGGCUCUGGUCCAAAUGCACGACUAUCAGGGUCGUCCUAAGCGUUAUGGCGGGGACUUCCUCCUUGCCAGGCUGCAUUCUCCAGAGCUCGGAGCCGGUGUAGCUGGGACGGUGGUAGACCACAGGAAUGGAAUUUAUUCUGCUCUGUUCCCGCUGCUCUGGGUUGGGUCCGCCCAGGUCGAGGUUACGCUUGUGCACUCCAGCGAGGCGGUCGCUGUGCUGAAACACUUGAGGGAGCAUCGGCCCGAUAGGGUUUUUUUCAAGAGCCUGUUCCGCUUGGGCUUCUUGUCAGAAACGACAGUGUGUAACAUGUGCUUACCCUCCGACCAGCAUCCUCUGUGCAACUAUACAGACCUCUACACAGGCGAGCCCUGGUACUGCUACAAGCCCAAGAUGCUCGGCUGUGACACCAGAAUUAACCACGCCAAAGGGGGAUAUUUAAAACACCUCCUGACCAACCAGGAGGCUCUACUCUUCCAGAGUGGUGUAAACAUCAAAGUUCAAAUACACACCUCAGGAAAAGACAGAAUCAACGUGCUGCCACCUGAAGAUGACGUUGAGAAGGAAAGCAGCUCUGUAAAAACAGACCCGGUGAAGCCCAAGCCUUCUGGAUAUUAUUUAAAAGACUCAUGGAGGCCGUUAGGAGGGACCGUAAUGCGUCACUUCAAUGAAUCGACGGCAAUCACUCAGUGUUUGAGGAACAAAGUGAUCAACAUGUACGGAGACUCAACUGUUCGACAGUGGUUCGAGUACCUCAUUACUUUGGUCCCAGAAAUGAAGGAGAUAAAUCUACACAGUCCUAAAAAUGUGGGGCCCUUCAUGGCCGUGGAUACAACCCAUAACAUUCUGUUAAAGUACCGCUGCCACGGCCCGCCCAUCCGCUUUUCCACUGUCCUGUCCAGCGAGUUGCGCUACAUUUUUAAUGAACUGGACGGCCUUUCCGGAGGCCCCAACACCGUGGUGGUCCUCAGCAUCUGGGCCCACUUCAGCACCUUCCCCGUGGAGGUUUACAUCCGGCGCCUCCGGCACAUUCGGCGAGCGCUGUUGAGAUUGCUGGGCCGGGCGCCCGAGACGCUGGUAGUGAUCCGGUCGGCCAACCUCCAAGCCCUGGAUGAGGAGGUGAGCCUGUACAACAGCGACUGGUACUCCCUGCAGCUGGACACGGUGCUUAAGGCCAUGUUCAGAGGCAUGGAUGUUCUCAUGCUGGAUGCCUGGGAAAUGAGUUUGGCUCACCACCUCCCUCACGCCCUCCAUCCUCCUCGGGCCAUCGUGCAGAACAUGAUAGACAUGCUUCUGUCUUACGUCUGCCCAGCAACAAAGUCAAGGACCAAGUAGAAGCUGCGACGUCUGGUGAAAGAAUCUGUUGUUGAAGGGAACAGGAAUCCAUCUGUCAACUGUCUGGAUCUGAACAGCUUUUCUUCUUUUCUGCUUCAUAGAGCUACCCUCCCAAAUUUUAGCGAAUGGUUUUUAUAUUUAUCGUGUUCCUUCCUGUGCAUCAUUUGUUCCAGGAAUGCCAAAAAACUGGCAGAAUCAUUUCUUCUCCAUUGCUGGUACCAAAGUGAGCUUGUCUGUAGCCUACAUGUCAAGCAAACCCGGCUUCUUCAUGCUUCUUUAAUAUGACAGGCUGAGGCAGGAAAAACAUCCCAUCUUUCUUAUUCAUCCCUUCAUCACAAACACUAAUCCUCCUGAAUGCUAUGAAAGGAAAACUUGGACAAAAUGUACCUUAGAAUCAAAUACGAAUUAAUUAUUGUAAAACAUUACAAAUCUGUUCCAAUUUAAAUAGUUAAAUGUUUCUGAUUGCCAUGUUUUGACGUAGCAACCCAAGUAAGCACAAAAUUCAUGUUUGAAAUUAUAGUUUUAAGAAGACUAUCCACAACAGUGCUGCCUUAUGUGGAACAGCCUUGCUAGUAUUUUUUGGAGCAUUGUCCUCCUGUGCAUGUGAAUGUCACAAACUGGUGGUCAGACAUUUUCACUCAGACGUUUCUGUUAGAAGGCGUUAGAGUCAUCGUAGAGACUUGUUGUUUUUCUCAUAAGGCUUUUUGUUUUAUGCAACAAAAGAUGAACACUUUUCACUUUUGUCUCGUCAAGCCACAGAGUAGUACUCUUGAAUUCAUCAAGAUGUUUUGGGCCCAGUGUAAGAGAGGCUUUCAUCUUCUUUUUGGUUAGCAGACAUUUUGUUUUCCUGAGAACUUUUCUAUUUUUGGCUUUUACAUGACUAAUUCUGUCCAAAGACGGUUCUUUAAAUGGUGUUGUUUUCCUUUUGUUUUUUGGCUGCUCCUCCCAAGGGCUUAGGAACUCUAUUCACCACUGAUAGAUGUCAGCAGCUUUGGAUAGAUGUUUUUCUCUAGCAGAUAACUGCUUUUCGUAUUCACUGAGUUUAUUUCACUGAUAUUAUUUUAGCAUUUAGGUGUGACAAACAAGGAGAAUCAGAAGAAAUCUGUAAGACAAGCAAAUGCUUUCUCACAGCAAUGUAGAUGUUCAUUCUGUAGUACCAAUCAAUUAUAUCCACCUUUAGACUCCACGUGUAACAGGGAAGUUGUUUGUCUGAAGCAACCAAGCCUUACAAAUCAUUGCAAUUUUCAGAAAGUUAGCUGAAAAAUAUUAUAAAACAAGCUUUUUUUUUUUUAGUGUAACCCGUUUACAAACAUAUUAACUUUCAUUAUGUUUACUUUAAUAGCAUUUCACUCCUCAGUGAAUCAUAUUUAUACAGAUUUCUGAUCAAACAUUUGCCUCAAGAGCAUGUUAGAAUUUGCACAAUAAUUAGUUUCAUCAUUGACUAUUGAUUUAGGUGAGAAAUAAUCAUUGCUGGCUCGUGUUGGAAUACAUGAAAAGUUAUGGAAUAUUUCUGAAGUGAUUUCUAGGUGAGGAUCAUUAUCUGGGAUAUUUUUCUUGUUAAAGAAAUGUGAAACUCUGUGAGCUAUCAGUAUUUUAAAAAUAUAAUGACAGUAAAUGCACUUUUAAACAGAAACUUUUACUUAUGUUGUAAUUUAGUACAUGAAAUAACCAACGCUACUAUAUAUUUUUUUGGAAUUUGGGGAUUUUUAAUUCUGUGGCAUCUCACAAAUCUAUCAGCAAAGACCCAAUAAUGUUACUUAAUCUCAUGCUGCCCUAUGCUGACACUUUGUCUGUACUGAUGAAGAUGAACUCUCCUCGGCAUGUAGAAUGCUUGGAGUGGCUGACACAAUAGGAGAGUCUGAGCUAGUUUUAAACUCGUUCUGCUAAUUAUUUAGCCAUCUGAGGGACAUUAUGUAGAGUAUUAAACCAAAAUCAGUCCAAGAUGGUCAAAGAAAUGGAAACAAAGCUUACUCUGUUUGCUCUUAUGCAGGCUUAUGCUGUAAAAUUUGCAAUCUUCAUCCCAAAAUACGUACAAACAUUUUCACAUUUUGUCAAACAAAAUUAGUCCAGUUUUUCCACUCACAUUUAACGAGCAAACACGCUUCCGCUUUAAUCGAAGAUUAAAUUAUAUUAUAUUUAAGCUUCUUUAAUGGGACAAAAGAAGCCAUUAGCUAAUAUGGCUUCUUUUGUCCCAUUAAAGAAGCUAAUUACUUAUUUAAUGGGAUAAAUCCUUGAUAAUUCCUCGUAAUGAUGAGUUACAAUGAGCACUGGACAGCAAAUAGCUUUUUCUGAACUUUUAAAACUCUUACAAAUGGAGCGCAGGCAGGACCACAUUAUUUGCUGUAAGGUGAAACAAGCAGGUGUUUUAGAGUAGGAAAAACCAACGUUAUGGUGGUGAUGGCAGUUGGAGUUGGCCCUGCAAUCAGUGGGUCAAUAGUUCGACGUCUGCUUCUGUCCGUGAGUCCGUGGGCAAGUCACUACACCCACCUUCCCUGCUGGUGGUGAUCAGCAGGGCAGAUGGCACAUUAUGGCACCCUUGCUUCCGUCAGACCGCUACAGGGCAGCUGUGGCUACUAUCUAGUAGCUUACCAUCAGUGUGUGAACGUGUGCAUGAAUGGAAAUGACUGAUCUCAUUGUAAAGCAUCUUUGAGAGACCUGGGAAGCUCUAUACAGGUCUUAUUUUAUUUCUUACUUCCUCUUAGGAAAUCAAGUUAUUUGAGCAUUAACAUAAUGUUCUAUCCUCUAUCCUUUAAAUAACGUUUUGUGCAAAUCAGAAUUUCUUUGAUGUAAGUUUACCAAGACUGUUAAUUUCCCUUUAGUGUUACUUAUAAUUUUUGAAAUAAAGAAUUUUAUAUUUAACUUUUA